AUGUCCCCUCUUUCAUUUCUGAUAUUAGCAAUUUGUGUCCUGUCUCUUUUUAUCUUGGUUAGCUUGUCAAGAGGUGUAUCAAUUUUAUUUAUCUUUUCAAAGAACCAGCUUUUGGUAGUGUGAGUUUUCUCUAUUGAUUUGCUGUGUUCAUUUUCACUGCUACCUGCUCUGUUUCUUCUUUUUCCUCUUUUUUCCUCCUCUUACUUUGGUUUUAAUUUACUCUUCUUUCUCCACUUUGUUAAGGUGGAAACUUAGGUGACUGAUUUUAGAUCUUUCUUCUUUUUAAAUAUAUGACUACUGUGUCCUAAAUUUCCCUCUAAGCGCGACUUUCGUUGCAUCCCCCAAAUGUUAAUAUAUUGUGUUUUCAAUUUUCAUUUACUUAAAAAUAUGUUAAAUUUUCCUUGAGAUUCUUCUUUGACCCAGGUCUUAUGUAGUAGUGUGUUAUUCCAUCUCCACAUA